GCAAAAUGUCAUCCCAACUGUCAAAAACUUUGUCAACAAAUUUUUAACGUAUCAUCUUGAAGGUAGAUCCCCACAUUUGUAUACAAUUUCUUCUCACAACAUAGGUUUAUUCUCAUCUAAAGCAAAGAACAAUGACAAACUCAGAAGUUACUUCCUUGUACAAGAAACUCAAUGCAGAAUGGUCAUCUCCUUCGCCAAAUUUAAGUAAAUGUGAUCAACUACUUUCAAAGUUGAAGGUUGAACUUACGGGAGUCAUGUUUCUACCUACAUCAAACGCCAUUGCUUCGAAACAAGAAUUAUUGCUAGGCCGAGAUAUUUUGGAAAUAGGUGUUCAAUGGAGUAUUGCCAGUAAUGAUAUUCCAUCUUUUGAGAGAUAUAUGGCUCAGCUGAAGUGUUAUUAUUUUGACUACAAGACUGAAUUGCCAGAAUCUGCGUUCAAGUAUCAGUUGCUGGGAUUAAACCUGCUAUUUUUAUUAUCACAAAACCGAGUUGCGGAAUUUCACACAGAACUUGAACUCCUUCCUGCUGAUCAUUUACAAAAUAAUGUUUAUAUCAGACAUCCAUUAUCAAUUGAGCAAUAUCUUAUGGAAGGUAGUUAUAAUAAGAUUUUCUUAGCUAAAGGAAAUGUACCAGCAAAAAGUUACAAUUUCUUCAUGGAUAUUCUGUUAGAUACAAUCAGAAAUGAAAUAGCCAAUUGUGUUGAGAAAGCUUAUGAGAAAAUUUCUCUUAAAAUGACAGCACGAAUGCUAUAUCUUCCUAACGAAGAAGCAGCGAAAUCAUUUGCAACUAAGAAAGGUUGGAAACUUGGAAAAGAUAAUUUCUUUUAUUUUGUUCCUGAGAUAGAGAAAACUACCGAGCCUAUUCCAUCGAUUGAGUUAGCAGAACAAGCUAUUGAAUAUGCUAAGGAAUUGGAGAUGAUUGUUUAAGACUUCCCAAUUUAUAUAUCUGUAAUAAGUUUAAUUUGGAUUAAAAAGUUUGUCUUUAGUUCA